AUGUUCCCCCCACCAGCACAUCCAGCGCAUCCACCCAUUCUAAAAGGUCUAAAAGGUCCCCAUCAUCCCCCGGAGGAAGGAGGAGGUUGCUGCCCCUGUUCUGCUCCACAACAACAACGAGGUCACGUCGGAUUCGGUCGAGGUCACGUCGGAUUCGGUCGAGGUCAAGGUCACGGUCCUCCCCGUGGGGGUUUCCAGUUCAGACCCCGCAACCAAAUUCCCCUCCGUUGCGGCGCCACGCCGCAAAACUACUGCGGUUGUACAGAGGACGAGACCGCAUUUCGAAAACGGCUCCCACACCGUCCCGGAGUCACUUUCUGUUCCGACGGGCAUUGCAACACGGCUUGUGCGGGGUUCAAAGCUCCCGCAAAAGUUUGCGGCCCGGGAAACGCCGUACAAAAUCCGGCUCUGCGAUGUCAUCGACCCAUUUUUACGACACGACAAGGUCACGAGAGAGGUCACGGAGGUAACCAUGAUGAUGAUCGACCCCCAGGUCACGAGAGAGGUCAAGGUCAACAUCAUGAUCGACCCCAAGGUCACAACAGAAAGAAACGCCACCGCCACCGUUCAGAUUCCUCAUCGUCUUGCUCUGAUCGUUGCGAACAUGGAGUUUGUUACCCUUCCCGCCACCGCCGAAGGUCGCCACCUCCCUGCCCCCCGCCCGCUCCUCCGACCGUUAUCGAGCGCGAAAAACCCGUCGUUAUCGUCCACAAUACAGAACUUUGCGAGUGCGAGAGCAAAUGGAAGCUUAUCGAACGGUGGCAGACCGCCGCCAAAAAGCGGGAAUCAGACCGGGUCCGCGACGAGGACGCGGCGCAGCGCAAACGUGCCAAAGAACGGUACAAGAAACGAAUCGAGACGCAAAAACGGCAUCGAGAAUGUCUCGUCAUGCAGAAAGAGUUGGAACGGAGGCGUUGCGCGGAGGAAGAUGAUUGGCGCAGGAGACGGGUCGAUAUGGAGGAUAAGCGAUUAGCGCAGGAGUAUGAUAUGUGGCUCGCCGAUCUGCUCGAAGGAGAAGAAGCUCGUCGUCAAGUGGAAGUUCUGGAACGUAACAGGGAGGCGAAACGGUGGAGGGAGGAGCAACUCAAACCCAGAGAUAAGCGUGGAUUGGCUGUCCCCGAGUUGGAAGAGUUGAGAAGGGUCUUGGCACCGUUGGAUAAAGGUCCCAACGAAAUCUUUGAAUUUUUUGCCCUCGAACCGAAACCGGAUCCUCCGCCGAAACCAUGUUGUCCGGGGGGAGGUCAGGCUAAAGGUCACAACCAUCGCCACCACCGUCGCGGGAGCGACGACAGCGAGGAUGACUCUGACGGAGGAGCGCAGGACAAAAAGAGCGCUCGGGCAGUGGCCGAAGCGCUCAUGGGAAUGCGAACCAGCGACGGAAUUCACAUCCGAGUUGGCGACCAGUGUCAAAAAAAGGCCACGCUCAGAUUAAAUAUGGGACCGUGUUUGGGUCCCAUGCAAAAUGGGGGGCUCCGUUCCCUCACGAUUGGUGGUGGUGGUGAAGCAAAUUGCUGUCCUCCUCCAGCUCCUCCGCCACCUGGUCCCCUCAUCCCCCCGGAAGUGGUGCAGAUCAUGAUGAAGAUCAAGGAGGCUCACAACCCGCUCCUCAAAUUCAGCCAGACCACGCCCAACUGGGCCACGGUCAAAGGUCGGCUCAAUCUCCCGAUGCAACCCGGACCCGGCUGCAGCGUGGUGGCACCCUCCAUGGCGGCGCAGUACUAUUCAUGUCCGUACUAUUAUCCUCCACCGUGCUGAAAUAUGUGUGCAAAAAAGGAUGUGCAAAAUUUUUUGUAAAAAAGAUGUCAUGCUAUGUAAUAAAAAUA